AUGUCUAAAAUAUAUGUAAACUGCAGCAGUGCCAUAGGAAUCAAAUUUAACGGAGGCAUUUUAAUUGCAGCUGAUACUCAAGCGUGCAGCGGUAGCAGUAUCAAAUUUCCCAAUGUGCAACGGGUAGAUAAGGUGGGAAAUGCUGCAAUUUUUGCUUGUUCAGGUGAAUAUGCUGAUUGCCAAUGGGUUAGUAAGGAACUAAAUAAAUUGUUUCAAGAGUUUAAACUUGAGGUGGCCCAAUGCCAAGCGAAGUUAACACCGGUGAAAUUGCAUUCAUACCUUACUAAUGUGCUGUAUAAGAGGAGAUCUCAGAUGAAUCCGCUGUUGUUAAGCACGAUUAUUGGCGGUAAGGAGGGAAAUGACUGGUAUUUGGGUUAUUCUGAUCUAUUUGGUACGGCAUAUACGGAGGAUUUUAUGGCAACUGGUAUGGGAAGAUACUUCGCCAUAGGCAUCCUGCGUCAGUAUCACUCACCUAAUAUGAAUGCAGCACAGGCUAAAGAGUUGGCUAUAAAGUGCUUACAGAUACUAUAUUUGCGCGAUUGCGGCGCGGGAAAUAAUAUUCAAAUUGGGGUAUUCACCGAUUGUGGCAUUGAGAUAUCCGAACCCAUAUUCAUCGAAACACAAUGGUCGCACAAUGAUUUUUACAAACCCACAAUUUCGUUGCCUUUGGCUGGCUGUCAAUUUUAG